UUUUCUGGUAUAUCCAAUGUUGACAUUCCGAAAAGUGUAGUGACCUCAUUCGUGUAAACAUCAACAUUUGAGGAUCGAGGAUGCCUUCCAAAUCAAAACCUGUGUAUAGAGGGGGAGAAAGAAUGAAGUUUAUUGAAAUGCUGCAUCAUAAAAGUCACUUUAGCAAAACAGAAGUGGAGAGAUUGUUACAAAUGUUGAAACUACAGUGUCCAAAAAGCCAGAAAAUUCGCAUGGAUCGCAACAAAUUCAACGUCUUUGUGCACAAGAACUUUGAAAUGACAGACGAGAUGAUCGUGGACAGAGUUUUCCGGGCCUUUGAUGAAGACAAUGAUGGCUUUAUUAACGAGUUCGAGUGGGUGAAAGGAAUGUCAAUCUUUCUACGAGGUACAAUGGAGGAAAAAACAAAGUUUUGCUUUGAUGUAUACGACAUGAAUGCAGACGGGUACAUAUCAAGAGAAGAGAUGUUUCAUCUCCUGAAAAACAGCAUACUAAAGCAUGCUUCAGAAGAGGAUCCUGAUGAAGGAAUCAAAGAUCUUGUGGAAAUCGCACUCAAAAAAAUUGAUUAUGACCAUGACACACGAGUUUCAUUCGACGACUGGACUAAAUGUGUCAAGGACGAUAAUUUGUUACUGGAAGCCUUAGGACAAUGUCUGCCCAAUGCUAAGACAACAGAUGCUUUUCUCGAGCUUGUGAGCGAUGCCCGGCAUGAUUCCGGAAUGAGUAUUUCAGCACAGCAGAAAAUGAAGGGGAAAAUGGCAUGCUAGAGUUGUCUCCCUCUAAUCGAUCAGCAACUUAUUGCAAUAAGAUCAUAAGACUUCGGCUUUCAAUGUAUUGUGAAAUUUAGCUUUAAGUUUUGCACCAAACUACAAUUGCAGUUUAUUUUAUUUAUUUUUUUCAAUUCAAGUUUAAAAGAGUACUGUUAACUAAAAAUCAUGUAAAUAUAUUAUUGCAAGACAAACUUGCCAUCAAAUAAACUUUUGUCAUAUGUGCUUUUUCUGUCAAACUGAAGAUAGUAUUGAAAUAUGCAUGUUCGAUAUAUAUUUUUCAGUGAAAACAAGUUUCAUUCAUCUUCUCUGCAUGUUGAUUAUACAUCCAAUUCAAUAUUAUUUAGUGUGCAUAAUUUGUGAAUAUUUUUAAGAACACUCCCACCUAAUGAUGUCUGUGCAACUUCAAAAGCCUAUAGGUCUCUAACACAGAACAUUGUCAGCAUAGUCCUCUAGCAAUUCCAUGCACAAUUAAAACAAAAAUCCAAGUUUCACAUGCAAAAUCUUCUUCCAAUUGCUGUGAAUUAGACCAGUUACCAAAAAGGAAAAAAAACCCAGAUUUUUUUUAAGUCUCUGUGACCUGAUAUUUUUAAAUAAAAAAGGGGAACUGUAUUAAGCAAUCACCUAAGUAUGGUCUGGGGGAUUAAGUUCUAAAUUGGCAUGUCAUUAUAAUCCAAAACUAAAUCCCUGAGUACAUUCACUUGCAGAAAUUUAUUUUAAUGAAGAAUUGGCUGACAGACAUAUAUCAUUUAGACACCAGAAUAUUUUUAGCCAUGUUGUUUUAGCUGUGCUAUUUUACAUAACUUUAAUACUAAUAUCUGAAGUUUUUAUUGAAUUGUAACAAUUGCUUAAUGUGUGUGUGUCAUAUUUGUAAUUUAUUUCUUACCGUCCAAUUUAUUUGAUAAACAUGUAAUUAGAAUGAAAUAUGUAAAUAAAAAUGUAAAGAACAAUUUAUAAA